GGGGGUGCGCGCGCACACACACACACAGAGUGUGUCAACAUGGCCGUCACGUGAGCGCGCGGGGCCUUCUCGCUUCGGCGUUCCGAUUCCAAUCCGUUGAGCGAGCGCGUGACAGGCAGAGAAAAGGAGAGAGAGGGAGAGAGGGAGGCGUGGGCACGUGCCCAGGUUGGCCACGAGCGUAAAGUCCGACGCGAAGAGGAGGAGGAAAAAGAAAAAAAAAGAGAGGACGAAACCCGGACGUGCUUCCUGUCCCUUAGCCAACCAGCAACAGCCACCGCUCGUGGCCCCGCCCCCUUUGGCCUUCUCGCGCCCUCCACUUCCACCUCUCCUUCCCCGGCCUGGGGCUGCGGAGCGAGACGUCAGAGGAGGAGAGGGAGGGAAGCACUCGGGCGAGCGAGCGAGGGAGGGAGCGCGCGCACACGCACGCACACCCCUGGCCGCGACAGGGAUUAAAGACACACAGGAGUCUUCAUGGAUAUAGUUGAUACAUUUAACUAUUUAAUUCCUGAACACUUAGAUGAUGCCCUAUUUCUGGAGAAUGAAGUCUGUGAGGAUUUUAGUACAAGUCAAAAUGUCUUAGAGGAUUCGCUGAAGAACAUGCUCAGUGAUAAGGACCCUAUGCUAGGAUCUGCAAGUGCUCAGUUCUGUUUGCCUGUUUUGGAAAGCACUGAUCCAAAUUUCCAGAUGCCUUGUUCAACAGUUGCACUUGAUGAUAUUAUGGAUGAAGGAGUUAAAGAAACUGUCCACAGUACCAUUGAUGAAGAUGAUCUUUCAUCUAACAGGAAAUUGAGGGACCAGAUGGAUGCCACAACAGUCAAAUCACCAAGAAAAUCUCCACGUUUAAUGACACAAGAACCUGUACGUAGUCUGCGGCAAAGCACACUGGCCAAGCGCUCAAAUGCUUCACCAUCUUUAACUGCAAAGAAAUCAGCUGUGAAGUCUGUAUCUGCCCAAAAGGGAGGAGUGAAACAGCAAGACAAAGAACAGGUUAAACAUGAAAGUGGUAACCUUGAAGAGCAUCCAGAAGACAUGGAGCACAAUGGUAAUGAAAGCUGUCACAAAGAGUCAGUACCAUCACCAUCAACAGAAUCGGUGAAGUCUUGUGUGGAUUCAGAUGAGCUAAAAGCAGAUACCAAAUGUGAAAUUUCUGGCCAGACAAAAUUAGAGGAUGCUUCUCAUGAAGUAGAAAAUGUAUCUCACUUACCAGGAACCACUUCUCCGCGUAAAGAAAUGGAAAGCAGAACAAAUGUGAAAAGGAUACAUCAUAGUAUGGGAGAAAAGGUUGCAGUUUGUGCUUCUGCAGAGACUAAUGCAGUACAGGAUAGCAGUAUAGGUGAAGAUGAUAAGGAUAGGACUGCAGUUAAUCCAUUUAUUUCUGAAAUAUCUUCAAUAGAACAGGCAGAUUAUAAAACUGAGCAAGAACUUUGUGAAAUUAAGAUGGGUGAUAAUAGCAAAGGAACUAAAAUGACAGAUGAGAAUGUAGCUAGAAUUCAGGAAAUGUUUGCAGUUCAAUCUGACUAUGUGGAUGAGAAGUCCAAAUGCAGUUCAGACUUCCAAACAAGUGGAGAUGUUGCUCAUGAAACUGGUUUAUCAGAAGAAGACAGACAGGAGUCUUUUGAGGAUCCUGGAAAAGUUGACGUUAAAGAUAAUUCAUCUUUAGUUAGGAGGAAGCUUGGUCAGACUUAUUCAGAAGCGGUUGGUGGCAAUUCUGCCAAACCAGAAACCAGAAAUAUUUUGGAGUGUGGUACAGCUGAAGACAUUCUACCCCAAGUUAUACAUCAAGAGACCGACAAUAUAAAGAUGAAAGAACAUGAGACAGUAGAAUUACAGAGAGAUGGGAGUUCUAACAUUUCAUCAAAAGGCACAAAAAAUGUUAAGAUCAAACAUACCAAGUCUAAGCAAAAUAAAACCACAGCUGUCCAACAAAAAUUAGUUCCUCUAAAUCAAGACGUACCUAGUAAAAGGCCGGUUCUGCCACAAGUUCACAGCCAGUCAGGAGUAAGUCUGAAACGUCAUGCAGAGGAACAAGAAAAGCGCCAACAUUUUCAUAAACCGGCAAAGGUUAAGAAAAAACAUGCCAAUAAAGAAGAUAAAGCCCAGAGCUUUGAUUCUGGAGCAAGUCUGAAGAAGAAGAAGGCUCAUGUUUUAGGGAAAAACUUUCAACAGGUCCAAGUACCAGGUCAGGGACAGAAAAUCUUAGUGGAGAGAAUAGUUGACAAGUCCAGUCAUCAUAUUGGUUCAAAGGAAACCUCACACUUAGCCUCAGGACCAGUGCAUCCCAAACAAGGACAGUUGGUACAGCAUGAUCAAAAGCUGUUACAGAAGCAUCAGCUUUCUAAAGCAGAUAAUUGCAUCCAGGAAGAAGGAGGAAAAAAAGAUUCUAUUGGAACACCUGUGGAUCCUUCGAAAGAAGAUGAGAAAGAGAAAUUUAAACUUAGAAAGUUAGAGAAAAAUCUUCAGCCUCGACAGAGAAGAAGCAGUAAAAGCAUUUCAGUUGAUGAACCACCAUUAUUCAUUCCAGAUAAUAUUUCUACUGUGAAAAAAGAAAGCUCAGAUCACCUAUAUGCUACUGAAAGCAAAGGUCCCUGGGUACCUAGUAAGCAGUGUGGGUUUUGCAGAAAACCUCAUGGCAACAGGUUCAUGGUAGGCUGUGGUAGAUGUGAUGAUUGGUUUCAUGGUGAUUGUGUUGGUCUGAGCCUCUUUCAAGCACAGCAGAUGGGAGAAGAAGACAAAGAAUAUGUUUGUGUGAAAUGCUGCGCUGAAGAAGACCAAAAAACAGACUCAGUUGAUGAAAACAUUUUGAAUGCACAUGUAAAACUGGAAACAACAAAGGACAGUAGAACAAUGGAAUAUGAGAAACCUGGAAUAUCAAAGCAAAGCUCCGUGCUUCCUCAAAAUAAAGCAAAACAGGGAGAAGACUCUAUAAAGCACAAGGUCAAAAUUUUUAAGCGGGAAUCAGGUGAUGGACGGCCAGUCACAGAAUCCAGAGAGCCUGAAAUGAGAAAGGGACAACAAAUGCUUAUUAAGAAAAUUGGACAGGCAGUUACACUUCCCCGGCGAUCAUCUGAAGAAAAACAUGAAAAAACAACUAAGGACAGUCUAAAUGUUGCUUGCUCCAGUGAAAGUGCAACAAAAACAGGUGUUCAGGAGAAGCAGGAAGUCAAGAAAAAAAGAACAGAAAGGGGGGGAACAGCUAGUAACACUCACCCACCUGUUUCCUCUGCCACCAAGCCUUCUGUUGAUCAGAUAAGACAAAGUGUUAGGCAGUCGCUUAAAGAAAUCCUAGAGAAAAGACUCACAGAUUCCACCUUGAAGAUUCCUGAAGAAAGAGCAGCAAAAGUUGCAACUAAGAUUGAAAAAGAGCUGUUUUCCUUUUUUCGGGAUACUGAUUCCAAGUAUAAGAAUAAAUAUAGAAGCUUGAUAUUCAAUCUGAAAGACGCCAAAAACAAAAUACUAUUUAAAAGAGUAUUGAAGGGUGAAGUAACUCCAGACCACCUCAUAAGAAUGAGCCCAGAAGAGCUGGCUUCUAAAGAACUGGCUGCGUGGAGGAAAAGAGAAAAUAGACACACAAUUGAAAUGAUUGAAAAAGAACAGAGAGAAGUAGAAAGACGACCAAUCACAAAAAUUACGCAUAAAGGAGAAAUAGAAAUUGAGAGUGAGGCUCCAGUAAAAGAGCAAGAAGUAGCCAUGGAAAUUCAGGAACCUCCUCCAGUUAAGAUUGUGGAGAAGAUAGAGGAGACUGAAAAAGAGGAAGAAGUUGAUGGAUCUGCUAUUCCUGAUACAACAAGUCAACAUAAAAACCAUCUGUUUGAUCUUAAUUGUAAAAUUUGCAUAGGUCGAAUGGCUCCACCAAGCAAUGACCUUUCUGGGAAAAAUGUGAAAAUAGCUGUUGGAGUGGCCCGUAAACCCUCAGACAAUGAAGCUGAAAACAUUGCGGAUGCACUGUCUUCAGCAACAAGCAUGCUCACUCCAGAAUUAUUAGAUGAAGAUAAAGACUUACCAAAUGCAACACUUACUUCUUCUUCAAGCUCUAGAUCAGAAACACCUGGUACUGUUGAAAGUGAAACACUAUUUCUGGCCCGCCUGAACUUCAUUUGGAAGGGCUUUAUCAACAUGCCAUCUGUUGCAAAGUUUGUUAUCAAGGCUUAUCCAAUCUCUGGCUCUUUUGAAAGCUUAACAGAGGAUUUGCCAGAUAGUAUCCAGGUGGGUGGCAGAAUAUCUCCUCAAACUGUCUGGGAAUAUGUUGACAAAAUAAAAGCAACAGGGACAAAGGAAAUUUGUGUGCUUCGUUUUACUCCUGUGACAGAAGAAGACCAGAUUUCAUAUGCUUUGUUGUUUGCAUAUUUCAGCAGCAGAAAGCGUUAUGGUGUGGCAGCUAAUAACAUGAAGCAAAUCAAGGAUUUAUAUAUUAUCCCUUUAGGUGCUUCUGAUAAAAUUCCACACCAGUUGGUGCCUUUCGAUGGUCCUGGUAUUGAAGUUCAUCGACCCAAUUUGUUGCUGGGCAUGAUAAUUCGCCAGAAGCUAAAAAGACAGGUCAGUGCUGUCAUUAGCCACGUUGAAGAAAAUGCCGAAGGUUUGACACCCGAAAAGAAAAGUAAACCAAGUAAAUCUGAGGUCCUUUAUUCUGAAAUAGUUGAAAAGGAAGAAGAAGAAAAUGACUUUUUUAAUUCUUUCACUGCUGUAUUGCACAAACAAAGACUCAAGCCCCAGGUAUCUAACAUAGAGGAAACAACAGCAAGUGAACCAGUUGUUGAGAGCAUCAAACACGAACCACUGAAGCCUCUUCGUUUCCUUCCUGGAGUUUUAGUUGGAUGGGAAAACCAGUCAUCGGCUCUUGAACUAGCAAGUAAGCCACUGCCAGUGGAUGACAUCCUUCAGAGCCUUUUGGAUACUACAGGGCAGAUGUCUGAACAUAUCCAACCAACAGGAGACCAGCCUGCUACUGAAGAUCUGCCGUUAUCAGACAAACAGGCAGCACUGAAAGAGGAAAAAGUGGAUGUCCCUGUUAUAAUUACUGAAGUUGAAGAAACAAAGGGUAAAAAUGAGAAUUCAGAUGAAUCCACUGAUAUCAUCUCAGCAUCUGAUACACCCAUGGCAGAUGUCUCCUGUUCUUCAGGAAGUCUGACAAGCCUAAGUCUUAAGGGGAAACCACCAGAUGUCUCGACGGAAGCAUUUUUAGCAAAUCUGACCAGUCUGUCACAAAACAAAGAAACCAAAGAGACUGUGCAAAGUGGUCUAAAGUUGGGUGAUGCAGACCAUGUUUCUCUGGAAACUAAAAGGGCCAUAGAUUUUCCUGUUCCAACAGGUGUGGGAAAAGGAAUUGGGAGCAAUAAUGUGGCCAUGGCAUCUGUUGAUAAUGCGACAAUUAGCAGUUCAAAGUCUCCACCGUUUAUCAACCUUAAAAGGGACCCAAGGCAAGCAGCAGUACGAGGCCAACAGAACAGUGGUUCAGAAAAUGAUAGUGAUAGUCUUAGAAAUGAAGAGAUGCAAAAUAGUAAAGAGCUGGACCUUUUAGGAACAGAGCAGACAAAAAUAGAUAGCACAAUACUUUCAGGAAAUGACUUAGCCACAGAUCAGAGCAGUAGUCAAGCUGCCUCUACUGUGGAUAGUGCAUGUUCCUCACAGCUGGAAGGCACAAAUCAGUUGCAUGAAGAAGGACUGAUGCAAAGCAUUGAAAAAGCUCAUUCCAUUAGAGGAGGAUUAUUACCACCCCCGCUGUCAUCAUCAUCAUCUCAGUUUGAGUCUGAAAAUUCAUGCCAUUCUGACUUUGGUAUCGAAACGGCCAGUCCUGUUGCAAGUGGAAACUUCUCACCUAUCAGGACUCCGCAACCUAAUUUCCCACUCACAAAAAUGACUCCGCCUGGUUUUCAGUUUCAAGGGGCUGUUGCUCCUAAUUUUCCCCCACAAAACCACCCCAUGUUUGGGUUUCCCCCUCACCUGCCCCCUCCACUUCUUCCUCCCCCAGGAUAUGGCUUCCCACCGAACGCUUUGAUGCCUUGGCCCCCUGUUCUUCACCUGUCAGGUCAGCCACCACCACAUUUUAUGGGACCACUCCCACAAGCCCCACCCCUAGCUCACAAACCCCCGAGACCCACUGGACCAGAGAACCUUUAUCAGGACAGGGACACCAGGAGACCUGAGAGACGCCACAGUGACCCUUGGAACCGGUCUGUUUUGCACGCAGAUAGGGCAUUCAGCAGGAGGAAAAGCGAUCAGCACAGACAGAGGUUUUACAAUGAAUCCCACUCCCUCAGAAAGGGUCGCCAUGACUGGGAGCCAGAGUCUGAAAGGAACCGGCAUAGAGAUAGAAGCCAGGACAAAGAGAGAGAGAAAAAAAACAGAGAAGAUGGGCAUCGGGAGAAAGAGAGGUCACGGCUUUCAUACAAUGAUAAAGACUCUGAAGGCAAAUCUUCAAAGGAGGGUAGGAAUCCUGAGAAAAAGGAGGUUCCCAAAAAUGAAGAGCGUGCUCAUGAGCGGGAGAAGGAAAGAGAAAAAAGUAAGGAGAGGCAUAGAGAGCGGGAGAGUGAAAAAAGCAGAGAGAGGCAUCACAAAGAUAGGGACCACGGUGACCGAGGGAAAAGUAAAAGGUAAAAGCCAGGAAGGUUAUGGGAUAUCUUCUGGCAUUUUUGAACAAACAGGAAGUAAUCUGUUUUAAAAAUAUCCUAAAACUCUGUAUAAAAAAUGCUUGGGUAUAUCUGUGCCAUCAUUUCUUUUUCUUUUAUAUAUAUAUAUAUAUAUUCCCUGUUUAAUGUUUUGUAGGAACAAGUCUGGUUUGGUAUCUAUAUGUGUACCACUUAAUCCAUUGUUUUAAACAAUAUGUUGGCCUAGGAUUAAAGUUGAAUCAUUCGACACUUUAUAUUGCUUCUAAUCAAUAUUUUGAGGGUUUCUUUUU